AUCAAACAAAAUUUCAGCAAUAUAUAGUUUUCGUCUGUGCACACACUAUGUGUUUUUAAAUCAAAAUCUAUUAGAAACAAAGAAAGAAAAAGAAAUUAAAAAAUUGAAAUGGGAUUUUGGGGACUGUUAGAAGUGGCAUCGAUGCCAAUACUGCAGGUGUUGAUUGUAAGUGCAGUUGGAGCUUUCAUGGCUACUGAUUACCUUAAUCUUCUUUCCAACGAAACCCGAAACUCACUUAAUAAGAUUGUGUUUGUGGUGUUUACACCCUCACUUAUUUUUACAAGCCUUGUCGAGACUGUCACUUUAGAAGACAUUAUCUCAUGGUGGUUUAUGCCGAUAAAUAUCGGAAUAACUUUUUUAUUUGGAGGAAUUCUGGGUUGGAUAGCAGUAAAAUUGAUUAAACCAAAACCCCACUUGGAAGGCCUUAUAAUAGCUAUGUGUUCAACAGGAAAUUAUGCAAACCUUCUGGUUAUAAUGGUCCCUGCUAUGUGCACCGAUGAUGGCAGUCUGUUUGGAGAUCAUAGUGUUUGUAAGGCUAAGGGACUGUCUUAUGCAUCCUUCUCCAUGGCGCUGGGUAGUUUCUACACAUGGACAUGUACAUACCAGAUGAUCCAAGGCUCGGCUAUGAAGUACAUUGCAUCGAAAAAUAAUGAGGAACUAUCAAAUGAUGCAAAUAAUGACUUGGAUGCAAAUCAAAAUAGUCAUCUUCUAAGUAGAGAAGAUCAUGAUAAUAUCGAUAGAAUCAUGCCUUCAUCAAACAUGACUAGUGAUGAUACUGAAAACCAACGUAUUGUUGGUCGAGGAUUAUCAGGGAAUGAAGACAAAAAAACUGUCUCUUUUUCUAAUCAAUUAGCAGACAUGAUAAAGAAAAUAGUGGAGCAACUACUAUCUCCGCCAACCCUUGGUUCUUUUGCAGGGCUUGUGUUUGGGGCAAUCCCGUGGGUAAAAGCCCUUUUGGUUGGUGAAAAGGCUCCUCUACGAGCGCUUCAAGACUCCUUGACAUUACUCGGGGAUGGAACUGUACCUUGUCUCACUCUUAUACUAGGUGGCAACCUCAUACAAGGUCUACAAAAGGCAAGUGUGGGACCCACAAUCAUCAUCACAGUUAUUAUUGUACGUUACUUGAUUCUUCCCAUCAUUGGCAUUGGCGUUAUCAACCUGGCAGCAACUUUGGGAUUGCUUCCAGUAGAUCCCCUCUUCAGAUUUGUAAUGUUGAUCAUGUUUGCUCUUCCCCCUGGUGUAAAUAUCAGUACAAUGGCACAAUUUUUCAGUGUUGGACAAGAGGAGUGUGCAAUGCUUAUGAUGUGGACAUACCUGGUUGCUGCAUUUGCACUUACAGCUUGGUCAACUAUAUACAUGUGGAUUUUGUCAUGACACUUUUAUCGCUUUUUGCCACCACAUAUGUUUUUUUCCAUUUUGAGUGCCAACUUAGCUUCUUUUAUCAUUAGCAAAAUUAAGUUCAAUUAAGAACAAGGUGUCAAAUUAGGUCAACAACUGGUCAUCUAUCAGAGUUACUCUUAAGUGCACGGUGUCGAGCAUGGUGUCUUAUGUGCGGGACUAUAGGACAAGAUUCGUUCAGAUCAUGUAUAAUAGUUAUGAAAUAUGCAAGGAGGAUCGACUCCCAGUUACUUCUAACCAAGACUCUGAAUCUGUUUGACUAUUAAGAUGCCCGUUUUGUUUA